AAGUCAAACGCAGAGACAAAAUCUGAAAGUCUGGCAAAGAAAGCAUCCACCUAAUUUUCAGGUCGUUCGUUUUGUGAGCAAUUUAACAAUUAUACUUAGGUGAAAACAUCAUGAUGGAUUUCUUAGAGCCGCUCUCCUCGCUAUCGCCCCUGCUGUACGUGCCCCUAUUGGCGGGAUCCCUGUGCUUGGUGUUCAACUAUCUAAUCUACUCGCGGCGGGUGGCCGAGUGGCGCAAGUCGAAGAUCCCUUUUCUGGAGCCGAGCGUCUUGAUCGGGCACAAGUACUUCUGGGGCGUGGGCAGCAACUCCGCCGUCGUCCCCAUCGACCGCAUCUACCGGGAGAAUAAGGACAAGGACCUCGUCGCUUUCUUCAUCGCCACCAUGCCUGUCGUCCUCGUCCGGAGCCCGGCACUCAUCAAACAGUUAUUCGUGAAGAAUUUCGACAAAACGUUCGAGACUGGUUGGGCAUCAUCGCAGAAAGACAAGAUUGCCCAGCAUAUGCUGAAUCUGUGCACGGACAAAGGUGUGUGGAAAUCCGGCCGAAAUGCACUCUCACCCAUGUUCACCACGGCAAGAGUGAGCGGAGAGCACUUCGCCAAGAUUCGCAACCAGAUCGCCAAUAUGUGGACCCACGCGGAAGAGGCCCGUCUACAAGGAAAACCCAUCAAUACUAAGCAGGUGGCCAUGAACUUCAUCCAGGAUGGCACUUCCAAUAGCUUUUUCGGCCUGGGCGCUAACUCAUACGAGAAAAAAGGAGAACUUCUUAAGCUUGUUGAAAGUUUUGCCGAGCCGGGGUGGAACCGACUUCUAAGCGCGUUUGCUCAGAUGCACCUCCAAGGAGUUCAAGGUUUCGAGUCUUUGAAGUUCAUCACUCAAAACCACAUCGAAUCGAUGAAGAGUAUGCUUCAGAAGCAAACGGCGCAGAGAGGUCAAACCGGUAGCAAUGAAAAUGACUUCAUUGACAUUCUCAUCAACCUCAAAGAGCAAGACCAAGGCAAGAAAGAAGAUUCAGAAAUGGACGUCACAAAUGAGAUGAUCGGUCUCGGGCUAUCCUUACUGUUGGGGAGAACUGAAUCGACGGCAAUUUUGGCGAGUUUCACCAUGCACCUACUGUCACUCCACCCUGAGUACCAAGAGCGAAUAAGGCAAGAGGUGGAUGAGGCUAUGCGAAAGCACAACACCACAGAGUUCACUUACGAAGUUGUUCGCGAUCUUCACUUCCUGGACCAAUGUCUACAUGAAACUGCGCGUUUGUACCCAAACACCUCAGCACUAACGCGAGUCUGCACGGAGGACGUCACGUUAGCAGGCACCGAUUUGACUUUGAAGAAAGGCGAGCGUAUCAUUGUCGACGCCUAUUCUGUCCACCGCGACCCGGAACACUUCCAGAACCCGGAUGUGUUCGAUCCGGACCGCUUCAGCCCGAAAAACAGAGACAAAAAAGCAAUUGACGCUUUCCUUGGUUUUGGAACUGGACCUCGCAAAUGCCCAGGUUACAAAGUUGGUUUCCUGAUGGCAUCGACUCUGAUUGGCUCUCUGGUGCACAAGUACGAAGUGAGACCCCGCUCUCACACAAAGCAAAUGGACGCAUACGAUUUUCAUCCCCGCAGUUUCGUCAACGUCCACAAAGAUGACAUUCUUGUUGACGUCAUGCCUCGAGAAAUUCUCGCGUGCUGAGGAAAUCAUGAGGAAGUUUUUGCUGGAACGUUUUCCAACAGCUAAAAGUAGGCUUAAAAUCUCCAUUCUUAGCAUUUUCGGACAUGUUUUCAGAUUUUGGUGGAGGUGCGGUGAUAAGGAUCGCACAUUUGGAGAAAUUUUUCUGGUUAGGAGAGUGCGGUCACGAAAUAUACCUGUAAAAUCUUGUAUGCGUAGUUUGUGAGACAAUAAUCUAUGCCCUAAAAUCAGCAUACUCGUAUGCUACAGUGCGCACCGAAUUCGGAAUAGAAACUUGUUAAUAUACGUUGUUUUAUUUUAGAAGAAUCAAUUUUCUCCGUACUUAGAGUUUUAUUUUCAUUCGAGAGGAAUUAUUUCCACUAAAAGAUUAUUUGAGGCAUGGAACCAUUUUUCUUGUCGAUGAAAUUGUUUUCAACGCAAUGGAAUCAAAUAAAAUUUUAAAAAUAAGAAAAAAUCAAGUUUAAAGGAAACUAAAAAAGGUGCAAACAGCAAAUACAAUUUGCAUACAACGAAGAUACAUCGCUUUGAAUAAAAAAAUAAAUUUAGUCAUUUGGACAAUAAAAUUAUUUUGCUACUAAAAAA